AUGCUUGAGACUGUAUUCGGGCCGCAAGCGGACAUCCUGGCAGGAGGCGCGGUCGAUCCCCACAGUGCGCGCUCAGAUGCUCUUCGGGCCACCUCAGGUCCUGAUGACCCCAUCUUCCUCCGACCGCUUGUCUUACGGGAACGGCAACAGUCACUUUCUCCUAGCACUGCGACAACUCGAGCUAUCCCAACCAACGCUCCUGCCGUGUCAGUACAAACUCCUGCAAACGAUCUAGUCCCUACAACGGAGGCGAUUUUCAACGAAUGCUCAAGAUUCCGCAUCCUUGUGGCCGGAAAGACUGGAGGCGGAAAGUCGUCUCUGAUCAACGGGAUUUUCGGGACGAAGUUGGCGGCGGAGUCAGAGUAUACGCGCGGCGAAGCGACGAUAGAAAAUGCCUUUGAAAGCGAUGCCAACCGUCGGUUUGUGUUGCAUGAUUCCAUGGGCUACGAAGCAGGCAAAACCGAUAAUUUUGACAAGGUUAAGAGGUUCGUGGAACAGAAGAGCCAGGGCCCUGAGUCGGACAGACUGCACGCGAUUUGGCUGUGCAUUUCUAUUUCCUAUCACAGGGGCCGUGUAUUCGAAACGGGAGACGAGAAACUGCUGAGCAUGUUGAACAAAAUCAGUAAAAUCCCUCUUAUCGUCGUUUUUACGAUGCUCAACGGCAUCAUGAUGACUAUUCAACGGAAUGAAGGCUUGAAGCCAGAGCCCGCUGUAAAGAACGCCAGAGAGAUUGUGGAGGAGAUGUACAGCAAGCAGAAUUGCCCGAGACCGUUCGUCUGUGUGUCGACGAGACGAGAAUAUGAGGAUACACUGAAGGAGCUUACAAAUGUAACCAUGGAUCAGUUGGAGCCCCAUGCGCCCUCUCAAUCUGGCUCCAAGAGCCCGAAGAGAUCGUUCUUCCGCAAUCCCUUCCACGGAAGGUCAAAGAGCGCAUUACCUAGCCAUACGGAAAGCCAGGAUCAGGGCCAGGAUCAUGGUCAGACUAAUAAUCAGGUUCUUUUGGCGACUGCACAGCGGAUCAAUCCGCCGAUGAAAGUUAAGGCGUCGAUUGAGUGA